AUGGCACUCCCCCUCUUCUCCCGACUCGGCCUAGGCGUCGGCCUUGGUGUCACCGCCGCAACCCUCCACCCCCUCUCGCCCUUUCGGACCGCCCCCAUGCAAUGCCAAUACACUGCACCCUACUACCGCCCUGAGACGCAGGCCAACGUGGAGACCGGAUGGGCCGUGAAGCCCGAGGACCCGAUUCUUCAGAAGCAGGGAAAAACGGGCUUGGCGCAGCGCAGUGGAUUCAUGACGAAGGAGAAUAUGCGCCAGGUUAGUCUGGGUAGUGUGCUAGGUCUUGUUGCGGGGGUGGGAUUGCGGGCGUUUUCGAAGGCGCUGGUUGUUCUGCUGGGAAUGGGCGUCGUUCUUAUUGAGGUUUGUUAUUCCUCCUCGUUCUCGUUUGAGACUCGGUACACCGGCACAGUGGAUUUGCGGCUGGGUUUUAACUGGGACAUGUCUCUUGCUCGAGUUUAA